AUGAACCGUCCAUCACACACCGACAAGCCCCAGCCGGGCGACGGCGACGGCUACAACCAGAGUCCGAACCAAUUCUCCAACGACUUGACCACAAACCAGGACCUCAAUGGUAUCUCCAACACUAGGACACUGCGGCGAGACCAGCACGCCCAAAAGCUGCAUUCCGUGCUGGACGAGGGGGAUUUGCUGGCUGCGCCGGCGACUCCCAGCAACGCAACGGGCGCCUCGCCCGGAACUACUUCGUCGGGUUUCGGGAGGGGUUCUGCCGACAGCACCCAGCCCGUCUGUUGUCGCCGUCAACAUCCCAAUAGCCAGAGCACUCGAGACAGCUGCCAUGCUGGGCGGCGGUUCUUCAUGUCGCGCCUCUGCAGGGCCAGGCAAACCAUUGUGACGCUUGGCAAGUUUGCCGGGCCUGGAUUCAUGGUGGCCGUUGCGUACAUCGACCCGGGAAACUACGCCACCGACGUGGCAGCCGGCGCCUCGUACCAGUUCCGCUUAUUGUUUAUCGUCCUGCUGAGCAACGUGUUCGCGAUCUUCCUCCAGUCGCUGUCCAUCAAGCUGGGCACCAUCAGCGGACUCAACCUUGCCGAGGCGUGCCGCGCGUUCCUGCCGCCGUGGCUCAACUACAUGCUCUAUUUCAUGGCCGAGGCCGCCAUCAUCGCGACGGAUAUCGCCGAGGUCAUCGGCACGGCAAUAGCCAUCAACCUGCUCGUCCCGCAGAUCCCCCUCCCCGCGGGAUGCGCCGUGUCCAUCCUCGAGGUGCUACUCAUCCUCGUUUUCUAUAAUCCCAGCGGGUCCAUGAGAGGCCUCAGGGUGUUUGAGUUCUUUGUCAUGCUGCUCGUCCUCGCCGUGGUCGUGUGCUUCUGCAUCCAGCUGUCGCUGAUCCGCGACACACCCGUCGGCGACGUCUUCCGCGGCUAUCUCCCGUCGGGCUCCAUCGUUGAGAAGACGGCCCUCUACCAGGCCUGCGGCAUUCUCGGAGCCACCGUGAUGCCCCACAGCCUGUAUCUAGGGUCGGGUAUCGUGCAGCCGCGCCUGUAUGACUUCGACAGCAAGGCCGGCCUUCUACCCCCGACCCCAACUUCUGAUUCUCGGAAAGCCGGUGGCGAUGACAAGAAGAUGUAUAUGCCGUCCCUGGAGGCGAUCCGCUUCUGCCUUAAGUACUCGAUGGCCGAGCUCGUGAUAUGUCUGUUUACAUUCGCCUUGUUCGUGAACAGCGCCAUCCUGAUCGUGGCCGGCGCAAGCCUGUACCGGGAGCCCGGGGCGGCGGCGCUGGGGCCGGACCUGUUCGGGAUCCACCGGCUGCUGUCGUCGUCGAUCGCGCCGGCGGCCGGCACCGUGUUCGCGCUCGCGCUGCUCUUCUCGGGCCUCAGCGCCGGCAUCGUGUGCACGCUGGCCGGCCAGAUGGUCAGCGAGGGCGCCAUCAACUGGCGCCUGCGGCCGUGGGUCCGGCGGCUCGUCACGCGGUCCAUUAGUAUUGCGCCUAGUAUUGUUAUCGCCGGCGUCAUCGGCCGCGACGGCCUCGACGCCGCCCUCAACGGCAGCCAGGUCGCCCUCAGCAUCGUCCUGCCCUUCGUCACGGCUCCGCUGAUCUACUUCACCUCGGCCCACAAGCACAUGACUGUCACCCCUGGCAUGGCCAGGUACGGAGCGCCCAGAGCCGCUGCCGCUGCCGCUGCCGCGGGGAAUGAGGAGGCUGCUGAGGGUGGUGUAAGGGAUGAGGAGGGUUCUCCUCCACCUGAAGGUCUCGUGACGAUGGCAAACAGCUGGCCUGUUGUGGGCCUUGGCGUCUUCGUGUGGCUGGUCAUUACCGUCAUGAAUCUAGCCAACCUCGUGCUUCUGGGGCGGGGGACAUGA